AUGCCACUGCAAGUUGAACUUGAACAUAAGGCCAUGUGGGCCUUGAAGAAAUUGAACAUGAAUUGGGAAGAAGCGACCAAACUCAGGUUGUUUCAGCUCAACGAGAUGGAUGAGUUCCGCUAUCAGGCAUAUGAAAGUGCAGCGCUAUACAAAGAGAGGAUGAAGCAGUAUCAUGACAAGAAAAUUCUGAAGCGAGAAUUCUACAAAGGUGACCGCCUGUCAGUGUUUAAUUCUAGAUUGAAGCUACUUCCGGGCAAAUUGAAAUCACGGUGGUCAGGUCCUUUUGAAGUAGUAAGUGUCUCACCCCAUGGAGCUAUUGAAUUGAAGUCUGAAGACGGAACUCGGACAUUUAAAGUGAAUAGGCAGAGGGUGAAGCACUACCAUGAUAUCAAGUGCGCAGGGAUUGAAACUCAGAAAACCAGCAAAGUUACACUAGAGCACAAAGACGGACCGUCAAUGUACAAUGACG